AUCUUUGGGUGUCUUCGGCCUGCAGUAACAGGAAGCUGUCUGCUAGCAGAGAAGAGCACAAUUAUUGGGAAUCUCCAUAAAGCCUUCUUUAUUGUUAACAAGUAUCACCAAUGUUUCGAUACUGUAAAAACAGUGAAGUGAACAUGCAACCUGGAAGGACACAUUUUUGGACCAAGUUUGUUGAAAGACUGUAGACUGUGCUUCUAUCCCUCAAUGGAAAUCAGUUGUCACAGUCUGGGACAUUUCACUUAGUCUGAUGCCUUCAGCCCAUGGGCCGUAUCAUUUCAUCAUGGAAAGGCAGAAAACAUUGAGUAGUUUCUCUUCGGCACCAUUCGGUGGAGACGCAUGUACCUUUAUCUGCACAGAGUGCGGUGAUGGGUUCCCUCAUUACACCCAAGUAAUAGCCCACAUGACCAUCCACGGACCUUUGGAAUCGUUUUCCUUUGAUGGCUCAUCCAACGGAUUUGAAGUCCCUCGAGAAUAUGUGCUACAAGAAAAUGGCACAUUGGCAGUUGUAAAUGGCUUUUCAGUGACACAUUCUUCUCCGAAACCAGCAUCUCCUGAAGCUCUGCCACACUUCUCAUAUGCUGCAAAGCCACCGUCUCCAAAACCCCAAAUCGAAAUACAAAGGCCACAGUCCUGCAAUUCACCUGCAAAUAUACCAAGGUCGUUGGACUUGAAUGUUGAAAAGCCUCAGAAGAGCCAUUACCGCUGUGAAAUAUGUAAUAAGUCAUUCAACAGCCUGCAGAGUUUGCGUCGCCACCAACAGUAUAACAACACAGAGGAAGGUUACAAGUGUACUUUGUGCUGCAAGACCUUUGUGGGUAGACUGCAGCUGAAGAUGCAUUUCCAAGGCCAUGCACGGCAACCAUUUCACUGCUGCAGUCAUUGUGGAAAGCGGUUCAUUAAAGUGCAUGCUUUGGUUGCUCAUGAAAAAGAAAGUCAUCUCGUUACCAGUGCUGGUAAUUCAGGCAAUGAAGAAAACAAGUUGAAAAAAACUUACCUAUGUCGGAUGUGCAAGUUACAUUUCUUUUGGAUAUCAGAUUUUCAGACCCACGUACUGUACCACUGCAAAGGUAAAGAGCUUAACACUGCAUUAACAUCUGGUGUUGGAGUGAAUUUAAAAAAUAGGUACAGACCUCUUGAAAACUGCUACAGUAACGGCACAGUUUUUGACAUUGAGAAUGGGAAUGACGACGACGAGAACACUAGCCAGAUUGACAUGUCAUACAGAUAUGGUUUAAGUGGCCAUCCUUUCCAAAAACUAAGAGCACUUAAGGAGCAUCAAUUCACAUGCCAAAAUCUGGAGGAAAUAGAUCAGCUGGAUCAAGAAUCAGUAAAACCUAAACAAAGAAUAAAGCCUAGAUCUAGAUAUAGAAGACCAAGCCCAAAUGGGAAACUGUAUCCUUGCAAACACUGUCAGAGAGUCUUCAAUCAUUCCAGUAGUUUGUCAAGGCACAUGAGAUACCAUAAAGGUACUAUGCAUGUAUGUACACUUUGUGGUAGACGUUUCCCUCAGCGCUGUGAUCUAACGAGUCAUGUAGCUCGCUACCACAAAGAUGUUGAACGAACGGCACAGGAUGGGAAGAAAUCAGCAAAACUAGGCCGGGCCAAUUACAGGUGUCAAGAAUGUGGGAAGACAUUUGGCCUGAUGUAUGUUUACCAGCGACAUUUGACGUAUCACAAAAAAGGUAAUCAAAAGUGUCACUUAUGCCCAGCUAAUUUCAUGGAUGCUUCAGCACUUGAGGUUCACCUUCAGAAUCACCCAAGCGAUGGAACAACACGUGAUCUGGACCAGUCAUCUCAUGUCAGUGGCACAAAUGGGAGUCCUUCCCUGGUCAUGAAGAGUCAUGCAGACAACAUAGUAGAGGAUGACAUGGUUGACCAUAACCCAAAUGACAAUAGUCCUACAGACAGUGUUGAGGAUGAUGACAUGGUUGACCCUACCCCAAAUGACAAUAGUCAUGCAGACAAAUUAGAGGAUGAUGACAUGGUUGUCCGUACCCCAAAUGACAAGAGUCAUGCAGACAAUAUAGAGGAAGAUGGCAUGGUUGUCUGUACCUCAAACAACAAAGAUGGUUCAGAGGUUCUUUAUGAAUGCACUGAGUGCACAGAGACAUUCUCAUGCUUUGAAAUGUUUCUUCAACACCAGACUUCUCAUUUCUCCAAAAAGAAUGGCUAAAUUUGAUGUUUUUGUCUUGUCUUUUCUUGUCGCCAAGAAUUGAGCUCUCAAGAGUUGAGCAGCUUAUUUAGAUAGAUACAGUAGAUGGAUGAUAGAUACUUCAUUAAUCUCUAAGACAAAAUUCACAAGCAAUGCAAACAAUUCAAUAUUGCUAUUGAGUUUUUCAUGAUAGUGAAAUGAUUCUGUACGAUUUUCUGUGGCUGCCUUCUGCUUAUUUUGAACAAAAUAUCACUAAUUGACUGGAUAAAUUACAAACCUUCCAUAGUAUUCCAUAGGCAACCCAUAAUUGUCAUAAUUGUGAAUGUGAUUUUUGAUAUUUCAUUUGUUGUAUCCAUUAAGGUUUAAUUUUUUUUUUAAUAUUUACAUUAAAUUGAUAUAGAUAUUGCUGAAUGUCAGUCACCUUUUUUCCUCCCACUAUGGUCAUGAUUUGACAGUAUGAGACUUCAAAUAACCGUUUGUCCUUUUGUUUUCUUAUAUAAUCACUACCUUGCUUAUUUGCUCAAGGACAGGGCUUUUCACAGUGUGCCACAGUGAGCCCUCCUCAGAGAAUGUAAUGCAAUACAGUUGGUGCGCCCCACUCGCCAGUAAUUUCUGAAGCAUAUUCUGUUGAGUUUGAGUUUUUUCUGCUCACCCUCGACUCUGUUUACCCAAUCAAUGUAGGAACUAUGUAAUUUGCCUUUGACAUAACUGAAGUUAGCUUAGCAGGUUUGAAAAAUAGGUUUUUCUAUAUUUUUUCCAAGGUGUUGUGCCUGUCCUGAAAUUUUCUGGUGCCUCUCAGAGGAGGCCGUGCACUUCGGUAUUUUUUUCCUUUUAUGUUCUUGUGCAUACACAAUUUACUGUUGUAUGCUGGGGCAGCACAAUUAUAACAAUUGAGGGCACCCAUUUACAUUGUGUUCAUUUCAUUAUCAGUGGCAUUGGCAUUUUCUUUUGAAGACGGUCAUAAUAAGGACAUGGCCUUAAAGGUUGUCUGGCACUCCUACAUACUCAUAACAUCUGCCGAGGCCAUGUUUUUGGUUGUGGUGUUAUGUUUUUUGUGAACGUAUUGGCAAGCUAUUAUAAAAACAUUAAGGAAGAACCAAUAAACAUUUGGUGCAGAUCCAGAUAAAAAUGGUGCUCCAAUAUUCUUAUUUAAAUUUGUCAUUGCGAAAAUUCAGACUUAAUGGGGGAUGAAUGACAUUCGUUCGGCAGUUUUUAACUUGGUUUGGAAGGCACAUUACCACCACUUACUAGUGAUACAUUUGUGGUGACUUAUUUACGGCAGAACGUGACUCUUUUAGAUUUUUAUAACCUUAAUACUGUUAUAGUAGCCGCAAUGUUAGAAAUGAACACUUUACCACUGUCAUGAUCCUUUAAUCUACGUUUUCCCAAACUAAGGGUCUGGACCCAAAAUGGGUCAUUGGAUAGUUUUUAUUGGGUUGCCGUUGUUGAAAAGUUAUGUUCAUUAUCAAAAGGGCAGAUUCUUGGCAAGUUACUUUUAGAUUCAUGCUGUAACAAACUGAAGAAUUUGUGACCUCACAUUUGGCAUCAGUAUCUUCAGCCUAAAACAUUAUUUUGAGAUCACAAUCAUGCACACCUGAGUCAAUUGGCGUUACUUUGGGCCAGUAACCAAUGACCAAUAAUGACUCUGUAAUAAUACUUUGGGGUUAACACAAUAUUCUAAUACCAAAGCUUUUAUCAGACUUUCAAUUUCAGACUGCUGAUCAAGCUGAUUGAUGAAUGGGACUGAAGGCCUGCAUAUCAUACUUUGUCCUGAUUCAUGUUUGCCCAUAAUUGCAAUGCUCAGUGGCCUGUACAAGCUUCCUUGCCAUUGCAGCAGAUUCUGGUGUUCUCGCUUCAGAUAAACCGUUUGGAUUUAGUUAGCAAGCAUGGUUCUGUGUUAACUCACCAAAGAACUUUUAAUAUGUGGCGUUACGAUGUGUUUCACCGGCCUUGACGGUGUCUGCUUGGGAAAUGUUGUCUUGAAUAUGUCUGAAUGACUACCUCUGUAACUGCAGAAUAACUACAUGAUUAGGUAACUUUCUUUGGCCUUUCUGCAAGGUGAGCUAAAAAAAAUCAAAUAAAGUGAACAUGCUUUCUGGCUCAAUUUAUGUAGUUUUGAUAUUCCAUUUAUGUUCUGUACAAGAGGUCAAAGUGGCACAGUAAGUCUCCUUUUGAAAGACAUAAAACGGCUGGGGUCCCCACGACUCAAAAAAAAAACGAUUUUCCAGAGUAUAUUUUGUGGAGUUUUCUGCUCACCGCAGACUCUGUUCAGUGCAGGAAUUAAAAAAAUUGCCUUUGAGCAAAACUGAAGUUAACUUUGCAAAAUAUAUGUUCUUUAUUUUUCUCAAGCUGCUGUGCAGCUCCUGACAUUUUCUGGAACUUUCUAGUAUAGGCCAACAAAGAGUCCCUUGAUAGUACAUCAUACUUUGAAAAUCCCUGUCUUAAGUGUUCAUCCUGUUCAGGGAUGCUGUAGUCAAUCCCAGAUGUCUUAGGUUGGGAAGCCAGGUACACUUUGGGCUGAUAGCCACUCAAAGGGUUUUUAAAUAUUUUCCCAAUAUUUUGAUUGAUGCAACAGAUUCUGGUCCAUCUCCUCCCAGUGAUACUUGUGUAUCACAUCAGUGAUAGAAGUAUGUGCCCCAGUCAAUGGGAGGUCAACUCUUCCAAGUACAUACUUGUCCUAUAUGUAACUCAAAUCUGGUUGAAUGUUAAAUGAUUUUACAGAUAUUUUGAAUUGUGAUGCAUUAUAUAUAGUUUACAGCCCUUGGUAGUGUAGUUACCAGGGACACCAUCAGGACUUCUGGGUAGGGGUGUCCUGAUACAUGUUUUUCACUUCUGAUACAAUUGAAGUGAUACUGAUAUUGCAACCUUGAAUAUCGGCCAAUAUCGAUCCGAUAUCAGCACGAAUCACACAUACUUUUAUUACUUACUUUGUGGUGUGGAUUGUUAGAAAAGGCUUGAUCAAGUGAUAUUAAUCAAACAGAACAAUAGUCAGCAACAUUAGGUAUGAGAAACACAGACCCAUUUACUUUAAGGAUCUGGGGUAUAGUUUUAUCGACAAUGCAGUGGAGUCUAGGGAUAAUAUCGCUAAGCAAGGUUCUAGGUCCUCAAUUAAGCAUUUAAACCUGACGUUACCACCGACGCGGCGCCUAUUGUCAGUUAUAAUUAAUGAUGUUUCCCAUGUCAUGCUGCUUCAAAUGCAUGAUGAGGUUGGUCGUAUCUGUGACACCACGGGAAACUUUGUGCAUGACAAGUUUUGCAGUCAGCUGCAACGUCUUUUUCAGACUUACUGCCACUUACUGCCACAUGGCCGACAUAACUUCUACUCCUUGCUACUUUGUUAGCACACGCUAUUAUGAUCACAUGGGCUCUAUCCGGCUGCUGCUGGAUAGACGUGCUGGGGCGGAGUCUGGAAUUGACUGCUUGUAUCGCAGUGCCAAUAUCAGAGAUUUUAGAUGCAGGCCGAUGUGAUCCGAUAGUUCUUCCUUUUUGGUGCUAUUGGAUCGGGACACCCUACUUCUGGGCCCUGUAGGCAAUUCCCAUUGCUGACUUACAUGGCCGGUACAGGCUUGAUUCCUGGUCAGUGUCCCAUUCACAAUGCCCUGUCAUUUCAUUGCCAGGGUGUAGUACAGCUUUUGCCCUUAUCAAUGAAAUUGGCUCCAGCUUUCUCUUCAGUCCUGAACGAUAAGGAAAAUGGAUGACAGAAUGUGUGGUUUAUACACGACAUGAUUGAGUCAGCAAGCUUUGUGCCAUCAGUACACUGGAGAUACUAAUGGUUCUUAUAAUUUAAGGAUGAAGUAAGCGCUACUAGUGGUGUUUUUCUUUGAAAAAUGGUGGGACACCAACCACAAAAAACGGCAUUUCAGCACCCUAAGGCCGUACUUUUAUUUUCUCUUGCCACGGAAACUAGGAAGCGUCAUUCAUUCCAAACCCAACUGAAAUAAAGGUUUGGCUAGCAAAGGACAAUCUACAAUAUUCUUUUUCCUGGUUACUGGUUAAGGAAUCAGUAAGAACACUGGCUAGUUAAGCUUAUGUGACACCUUUAUUUAAACAUUUCAUCAAUACUUCAAGUAUUACUGUACCUUGCUGUAUAUUUUUGCAGAGAAGCAGACAAGACAUAUGCAGGCAUGCAGUAACAGCUGUGGCGGUCCCCUGAGGUGUGAGGGUUGACAGUUCCUCAGGAUGCAGACUCCAACAACUAGUAGCAAUUGAACGUGUCUGCAAUGGGCCUCCAACCGCGACCUUUCGGUUCCAAACUCAUGGCCAGUGCUUCCAGCUCCCCCAAAACAAAAGAUCUUUUUUCACCACUGCGAUCUACUGAGUGACCUAGUGGGAGGGGGGUAUCACUACCACACUAUCACCUAAUGAAAAACAGCCCCCUGGUGCAGCAUACCUUACCUCGGCAACUCGGUUAUGUCACCACUUCCCUCGCCUCCUUUCAGCUCCCACACACACGCACCUCACGAGCUGUUGCAACAGAGAAGCCUCGCAUCUUGGAGGUUUUGUCUGCCAAUUCUACAAAUACUGGUCUUCAAUAUAUAAAUACUGGUACAAACGAAGUACCAGCUCUACUUUCUGAAAGGCAGGUAAACAGAUGGUACAGACACACUAAAUAAAGGUAAAAAUAUAGCAAUGUGAAAAAUUACAAGUAUUUCUCAAAUAAAGAAACUACAAUUUCUGAUGAAUGCAAGUCUUUAUAUACAAAUAUAAACUUCCAGAAGAAAAUUUUGUUCAGUUACUAUUUCACCACUAGGGUCCGGUCCCUAAGGAAACUCCUUGGUCUCAAACACUGCAGCCAUUUUGUAGUAGUAGUCUUUGCUGACAAAAUGGUAGUCAGUACUGAUUUAACCCUUUGGGGACCAACCAUGGCACAGAGUCCUGAGCAGGAACAGCCUCACCAGCAGUGAUACUGCUCAUGAAAUACCAACACUGAAGUAUGGAACUAGACUAUGGGAGCACAUUAACCUCAAUGAUGACUUUACCCUGCAGCGCAGAGCCCGUGAAACACACACACAGCAGCAGAACACCAGGGAGGUAGGACCGACUGCAACUGCAAGGAGCCACUCAUGGCUGCUCCGACCGGAAGCAGUCGAGCAUGAUCCGCUUCAGGCUCAGGCAGUGCCAGCCAUAGAGCAAAGGGGGGCGGGAUCUUAGCGGGUCUCUGCACCUUGUCAUUGGUUCGAAAGCAAACGAAUUGCGGGACAUUGUCUGAAAAUCGCAAAAGGAGAAAAUGGAGGCUGGUGGUGGCGUUGAAGCGCGGAGAUUCGCGCCAAGGCCAGGCUAGUCCUCUUGUCGAGAACAGCAUCCAGAGGACUUCUACCACCACCGUCUGCUCGCGGUUUUGCCGAUAACUCAGAAGCCAACAUCAACAAGGAAAAACGGCGGAGAGGACGACCGGAGUGAUUAUUACCUUGCAAGGCAACAAAGCACUCGAGAGGACGACGGAGCGCCUGGACGGGAGCCAGGAUUGAUUGAUUGUUCCGGAAUUAGAGACCCACAAGCAUUUCGACACAGAUUCCCUUUCAGAUGUCACCCAUGUCCUGAAGAGUCCUAUUCUUUCUCCACUUAAGAGGGGAAUACACACACACAAUCCCUAAAUCAUUGGGGAAUAAUGGCUCAUGAGUGGGACUCGUAUUUUCAAAACUUUACCCCGCUGUCGUCAGAUCCAAAGACUUUGAGGACAUCUGAACCAGAAGAAAGUCUUCCACAUCAUAUAGAGAACUUCAUUGGACAGCAUGAGUUCUCCAACUCUACAGCUUCACACGCUACUCCUGUAUCACAGCCAACGUUUGAUACAAACUAUUACUCAAAUUCCAAUAUUGAAAAUUCCAGUUCCGACUGUGUUUACGAAACCUUUUUUAACGAAGCCCCUUGGCAAGCAGAUGAAGAACACACGUCAAAGGACCCCUCGUUGAAAGGUGGAGAUACUGAUGUUCCAGGUACUACAAAUGGAUUAUCUUCACCUGGACAUUUGCCGUCAUCCUAUUCAACUGAAUUACAAGGACUUAAGCAAAACUGUGAACUUAUAGCUACAUCCCUUCUUGAGGACUAUUCAGAUGUCAGUAGUUGCUCAGACACAGAGGUCAGUGAAACUGGGCCUUCAUGUAACUUUAUUACAACUACUCCAAUUCAGCAGCCUGAAACUGAUUCUACUACACAACAAAGUCCAUCAGAAUGGCUUUUCACUCACACUGAAAAUGAGAAAUUUGCAAAUGAGAAUAAUGCAAUGGGCCCAGAUUCAUCAAAACUGACGGUGGGGGAAAACAUGGGCGAAUGCAUACAAGAGACGCACAAAAAAAAUGUUAGUUGGAAUGUAGGACAUGAACAGCUCUGCUCAGGUUUUUCAACCAGAGUGAGUGUGACACAUAAAGACGCUACUAACAAAUGGGGAGCUAAAAUUCAAGAACAAAAGAAAAAUCCGGCUCAAGAUCAAAUCGAAGGACACUACUCAGACAUUUCAGCAAGUGACAGUGAAAACUUGACUGGCAUAGAGGAUCACCCAGAUGAUACGAAAGAGCGGAUGACUCCACCUGCAUAUACAAAAAUCUUAUUUGCAAACAUGGAAGAGCAUGUGGAUGGCAUAGUGCGAAGAACCAAGGAAACAUGCCUACUGGAAAAUGAGUGCUCUGACACCCAAAAUACUAUUGAUCAGCAAAAAAUAAAUAUCACUCACGUUGAAAAGGCCAUGAAUGACAUCCUACCACGGGAGAACAAAGAGUCUGAUUCACUGGGUGACAAUCCUGCCAUUGAUCAGCAAAAUGUAUAUAUGACACAUCAUGACCAGCCAAGGAGUGAUGUCCUCCACACUGAAGACAAAGAAUCUGAUUCAUUGGUUGAAGAUGCAAGUGCCAUUGAUCAGCAAAAAGAAAAUGUCAUACUUACUGACCAGGCAAUGAUUGAUGUCCAACAAAAACAAUUAAAGUCACUUUGUGCAGAAACAUUAAUUAUACAGAAAAAACCUUCUUCCAGUGUUCAAAAUAAAAACUUGGAAAUGGACAACCUGCUGUCAGAGCUGGAGACAGAUUGUCAGGAUAAUAAAAUGCAGCCCAACAGUCCUCAAAUCUCACAUCAACUUGGGUCAGACUCCACGAUUAUGCUGGAGAGCAACAGUCAAGAUGUUGGUUCCUGUUUAAAGUCAUCUAAGAAUCAGUUUUCUAAAACGGGAGUUCAGGACAAUAUUUGGAGCGUUGACCAGCCAAUUGCCGAUGGUCAUUUGAACGAUACCAGUGACAAGCAAAGUUUUUGUAGUAACUCAGAUCUGUCUGUCAAAUCCAAUAAUAAGUCAAGCACAUACAUCUGUCCACAACAACCAUUCUCAAGUGCAGCCACAAGCCUUUCUGUCAAAGAGGAAAUCAUGCGUGUCCAAGAGGAGAUGGAAACAGUAUCCUCUAAAGCUGUUGCUAGUGACUGUUCUAAAUUGGAUAUAGGCGAUGACAAGCCUGGUAUCCUAAACCAUUUAGAAUUCUGCUCACAGAAAGCUGACUUAAACCAUGUCUAUUUCUGCCUGGAUAAGAAUUCAGGAAGCUCAGAUGAAAACUCUUCUUCAUAUCCGCAAAGUGAUGAAAAUCCAGUGCCCACAGAACAACAAACGCUGGCAGGAUGUGCAUCAUUCGAAGGGAUGGACACAUCCAAGGGAGGUGAGCUAUAUGGGGAACCUCUGUCAAGAGAAGAUUCAAGUAACAUUGACUCAACAAAGCUUGAGGAAGAACCAUGUAUUGUCAGACCUAACAAUAACAGCAUGGGUGAGUCAGAAGAACAAGGUACUGUAAAAUCCUCUUUACAAAUGAGAAAAUCCCUGCAGCCUGUUGUAAUUAUUAAGAAGAUUGAGUCUGCCAAUGCAAAGAGUAAUUUGUAUCAUUGUCACAUUUGCCAACAUGAAACCCGCAGUGUUGAUCAUUUAAUUGAGCAUCACCAUUGUCAACAUUCAAUGCAGAACUUCCAAUUUUUCAGGAUAGACAAUCGACACCUGAUGAUGAGUAAUAAAUCAGACAAACAUUUGGGCAAGGUAACCAAACAACCUAAACAUGCUUCUCAUUUACCAAAAAGGAAAGGGCGUUAUUUUUGCAGCAUUUGCAACUUCACAUUUUCACAAAUAAUUCCUUAUGCGAAGCACAUGCGGCGUCACACUGGUGGAACGCCUUAUAAAUGUAAUGAAUGUGGCAUGUAUUUUUCGCAUAAUACUUGCUUGGUAAGACACAAGACUGUACCUGGUAGAUGCAAGUCUGCCAAACCAGUGACUCCAGAUUUAAAACCCAGUGACCUUGAAGUUAUCAAUUCAGAAAAACAUGACGCUACAUCACCACCACUACAAGUCGUGAUGCAGAGGACACCACAUGAAAAUCUGCUUGACUGUUGCGUGAGAUUGGUUGACGUAUCCAAAGGUCAUGUCUGUGUCCAUUGUGGCAAAAUAUUCUCAACUUCACAGAAAGCCAAAAGGCAUGCUUACAGGGUACACAAAGGAAAGAGUUCAGCUCUGAGGCAAGCUGAUAGUACCACGAAACCCACUAAACAAACCAAUGAGAAUCCUACAGAUACACACAGUGAGAAGCCCACAAAAACAUCCCAUUCCAAAACUGAAACAAAAAAUGGUAAUUAUAAAUGUCCUCUUUGUCCACGGCUUUUCAUGUAUUCCUCCAACAGAACACGACAUUUACGUGAUUGUGUCAGACUGGCUGUUUGUAAUAGUAAGGGAAAGGUUGGUGAUCGAUACAGAUGUCCGCUGUGUUAUGCUACAUUCUCUGUGGCAGGCAACAGAUACAGACAUAUAAAAGCCUCUUGCCUCAGACAGUAUCUUAUUCAUUUAUCCAACAAGGAAAUGAAAAAGUCAAAGGAAAAUAAGAAGGAAAAAAUAUCAAUGGAAAACAAACACAGUAAGCAGGAACUGACUGACUCAAAAGUGACAACAAAAGCUGAAUACUCUUACAACUGUAACCUCUGUCCAGCAAUUUUCCAGCAAGCAUCUGGACUCUACAAACAUAUGAAGAGGCAUGAGUCCAGAAUCACUGGCAAAAUGAUCAAGUACAAGACCUCAGUUUUGUCCACAAAGUCAAAGCUAACUCCUCCCAGCAUGCCUACCACUGAGGAGGGCAAAAGUGAGAAUAGUGUAAAAUCAGAAGACGAAAUUGUUGCUCUUUCACUGAGCUGUCGGUUUUGUGAAAAAAAGUUUGACACAUCACAGUCAUUGAAGAAACAUGAGGGCUCCCACAGAGGGGAAAGACCAUACCGCUGUCUGCAGUGUGCAAGAGGAUUCAAGAAACGUGUCCACCUAUUGGGUCACAAAAUUGUCCAUCGGACGAUGCAGUGCACACUUUGCAAAAAGAUUCUUCCAAAUGCCAGGCAUUUUGUCCAGCAUGUCAACUUGUAUCAUAAAGGAGAAAGGCUCCCAUGUGCAGACUGUCAAGAGCAGUUUCAGAAUCCUGCAGAACUCCUGAGACAUCAAAAAUUACACAAAAAUGCAAAAGACAAAGCACAUCUUUUGAACGAGAAACCACUGCAGCCCUUGGAAUUUCAACAAGAACCACAGGGUCUACAGUGUUCCCUUUGCAAAAAAGAAUUUGAUAAUGUCCAUGUACUCAGGAAACACUGUCUUACACACAUAUCUUCAUCUAAAUGUCCUUUUUGCAAUAAACAAUUUAUUGCCCGCCGAUAUUUGUUAACCCACAUGGACGAACAUACAGGCGAGAAACCUUACGCCUGUACAGGCUGUGGAAAACGUUUCAUUCGAGAAGUGUGCCUGAAAAAUCACAGUGGAAACUGUGCACCAACUCUCGAACCCACGCCCAACUUGAAAACUCACAGUUGGAACUGUGCACCGACUCUCAAACCCACGGCCAACUUGAAAACUCACAGUGAAGAGUUUACUCUCUCUCUCAAACCCUUACCUAACCUAAUCAGGAGUAAACAUCAAUGUACCAUUUGCUCCCGAUUAUUUUGUAAGAAAAUACGCCUGUUGGCUCAUUACAAGGCCCACAAGGCGAAUACACUGCGUCAUUGCUCAAAUUGUGGAAUGUACUUUGGAGCGAAUAAAUAUGGUGAGCAUAAGACAAAUUGUGGGCAGAUUUCAGAAGUCAAUGCCUACCCAAGCACCCCAAAGAAAAGCCUCAACGCUAAUAAAAAUACAACCCACUCCACUACAUCAAGGAUGUUUCCAUUUAGGUGUCCUUACUGUACACGGAGGUUUAGGUUCAGAUCCGUACUCUUUAAACAUAGUGUGGCACAUACUGGUGUUCAGCCGUAUCCAUGUACGCAUUGCGGCAAACGAUUUUCAUCAAUGUCAUUGCAGUUGCAACAUGAAGAACACUGUAAUCAUGCUUUCAAUGAAGAAGAGUCAACAGCCAAAAGUACUACAACAAAUUUCUCAAAAAUUCCCAUUUACCAGGAGGAAGCACAGCAAUCACUAGUAAAAGCUGGCGAUGAGUUGAAAUGCAAAUUCUGCACAAAGACAUUUGUUAAGCCACGGAGCCUGCGGCGUCACAUUUUGACACACAAUGAGGUAAAUCCCUAUCGAUGUAAAGCCUGUGACAGCUGCUUUUCAAGGUAUGAUUAUCUGAAAGUACACCAGGCUCAUUGUAAAGGGAAACGAUUACGGCUGGCAGUCUGCAUUCCCAAAAUCAGCUUAGAUGAUGUUGGCAAGGGUUGGAAAAACAGGUAUCUUGGUGAACCUGAGGCAAAACAGGACACAUUUGACUGUGAAGUCUGUUCAAAGAACUUUCCAACUCAGUCUAAACUCUCCCGCCAUGUCACAAUGUUCCAUACUGUGAAAUUAUUCAAGUGUACACGUUGUGAUGCAGGGUUUUCUCAUGAAAAAACUCUAAAAAGCCAUAGGAAGAUGAAAAGGUGCAGGAAAGUCUCCAAGGAAACAAACACUUCACCACAGGAAUCUCCAGCAGCAGAAAAUGUCAUCAAGCCACUCCAAGAGGGUAGACUUCAGAAACGAAUCCAGCCUUAUUAUAACAAGAAGCAAAAAUACCCUUGCAGUUACUGCCCUCGUGCUUUUGAAACCAAUGCAAAGCUGAGUGUCCACAUCCGACUGCACACGGGAGAGAAGCCGUUUGCUUGUGAUUGUGGCCAGCGAUUCAUCAGGCGGGACUAUUUGCAGCGUCAUCUUCCAAAAUGCACCAUGAAACAGGAAAACCCAAAAGAACGUGUGGAUCCUAAAAAAGAUUGCACUGCAACAUCCAGCUUGUCACUGUCAGCAGUUGGACAGAACCAGGAAACAACCGGUCAAAGCCUGAAUGGCUUUUCUUGCGCAUACUGCAGUUCACGGUUUUCUUUGUUUUCGCAGCUUCAAGAGCAUUUUUUGAGUUCACACCAACUGGAAACAAUGACUCCAACGGUGUCACCUGCUCCUCUUCAACAUCACCUUUCAAAGUUGCCAAACAUUGAUGAAGAUGUAUUGGAUAAUAAGCCCAGCGAAGGCAUAAAUUUGACAUGUAAACUGGAUACAGCAAUUGUUGGCGAUUUAUCUGAAUCACUGGUUUGCCCUGUGUGCAAUAUGUCCUUUGAAAAUAAAGCUGGUCUCAAAGGUCAUUCACGUGUACAUUCAAAGGAGAGCCUUUUUAAAUGUAAAACAUGCAAGAAAGGUUUUUGGAAUAAAAAUCUACUCCGGAACCACAAUAGGAAAUGCAGACAAGGACAUGGUGAUGCAACAGUUAUGGAAACCCCUCUAAAAGCGGACCUUGAUCUGGAAGUGUCUGACUCAAUUCUAGUGUUCAAAGACAAUUCCAAAACAACAGGGACCGGAGUUUUACAGACCAAUUUCUCCUGCAAAAGUGACUACCAAAACCCAGAUAAAGUUCCAGCGCAAAGCAGUGAAAACAGUGAGAAGAAAGUGGUUCAGUACCAAUGUUCAGAGUGUGAUUUGAGCUUCACUGAUGGCUUGAUGCUCAUCAGUCACCUUGAGGACCACGGAAGACAGGAGCAAGCAAAAAAGCUCAAUACCUGCACAAAGUGUGGGCAGAUUUGUUCAAGCCAAGCAGUUCUUGAAAAACACAUGAGGCUGCAUGGUCAACGUAAGGAAUUCUCCUGUUCUAACUGUCCCAAGUCAUUUUUCACUUCAUCUGAAUUGGAAAUCCAUAAAACAUUCCAUGACCCAUUAAGACCAUUCGCCUGCAAACUGUGUGGUCAACGGUUUUGGUCAAAACAGUCUCUUUUCUACCAUUACAGUGAAGACCAUCCCAAAAAUACAUUUUCUUGUCAGUUCUGCGAAAAGGUGUAUUCUACCAAAAAGACUCUACAAAAACACUACAGAAAGUGGCAUCUCAAAGAGCAAAAUGUCCUUCAGAACGCAGAGAGCAGCAGUCAAGCCAGUCUAACAGGUGGAAGUGACGAGGACGGAAGUAAUAGUGGGGACAGUGACUCUGACUCUGCACCAUACUUCCCUUGCCACGUAUGUGGUAAGACAUUCCCAACAUCGGAAAAUCUGGAGGAUCAUCAAAAAUGUCAUCUUGGUGAAAAACCUCACGAGUGUGCAGAAUGUGGCAAAUGCUUUUUCCAGGCGUCCCAGUUGGAGCAGCAUAAACGAAUGCAUAAGUCUGAAUUGCAGUGUCAGGUGUGCGGGAGAGGUUUUGUGUCAAACUUCGCACUGCGGAAACACAAACAUAGUCAUGGCAAGAGCCGUCCUCAUCGUUGCCCCAAGUGUCAGCUCAGCUUCGCUGGACCCUCACAGCUAGCAGAACAUAUGUCCACCCAUCGGGAAGAGAACUUUCCAUGUGACAUAUGCAAUCAAGUGUUCCUCUCCAAAAGCAGUAGAGCUGAGCACAGGAAAACACACUCUCUGUCGAAUGACCAUCCAUCGCCUUCGCCUACUUCACAGCAACGUAAAAGGCCUUCUCCUUCUGAUAGUUCACAGGAACAACUCACAAAACUGAAAUACCGCUGCGGGAUAUGUAAUGAGCGCUUCAAAGGCCCAGAGGAUCUCUCGGAGCAUGGAUGCAAGAUAAGCAAGGAGCGGCCAUAUUCAUGUUCAGAUUGUGAUAAACAUUUUCUGCACGCAUCUCACCUGAAACAGCACAGGGUUGUCCAUCAACAGUCUGAUCGUGAAUAUUUAUGCAAUCAUUGCAAUACCACUUACUCUUCCCUUGAGUACUUCCUCAGCCAUCUGAAGACCCAUGAAAAUGAGCAUACUGUAACAGACAACAACAUAUCUCAUGUGCCCAUUACCUUGAACUGCAAAAUGUGCAAAAUGACCUUUGCCUCCAAAAGUAAUCUUGAUGAACAUGAGCAAUGCCAUUGUGCAUCCACUACAAAUUUUGAAUGCACGCCGUGUGGCCAGAGAUUUUUGGAGCGUGAUGCUUUCCAGCAACAUCUCUGUUCCCAUCAAGUGCAAGAAACUGAGGAGAGUGAACAUAAAUCAACCUCAGAAACUAGCCAUCAGGUAGCUGUACAAGAGGAGGAAGUUGAUGUCACUGGUGAAGAAUUAUACUACUGUCCAGUUUGCUCGAUGCAAUUCUCUUCACAAAGCACGCUCUUGGAGCAUCAGAACGCUAGACACAACAAAGGGCGCCAAAUUAAGAAGCCAUUCAAAUGCACAUAUUGUGAAAAGACCUUUGCCUGGAGGCAUUCCCUGAGAAAUCAUGUGCGGAAGGUGCACAUGAAGCCUCCUCCCGAAAACACAACAUCACCGGCAAAAGACAAGCUGAAAUGUUCCCAGUGCAGUUAUGAGUUCAACACACCCCAAGAAUUGUCAUUGCAUAUGAGAAUGCAUGCUGAAAUAGAAGUAGGGAAGUACCGCUGCGAUAUGUGCUACAAGUCAUUUUCAUCCACUGUUCAGCUUGAUCUGCAUCAAGAAAGUCAUGUCGGGCAAAUUGUGUAUGAAUGCACAGAAUGUGACAAAGCCUUUGCUUUUCCUCACUUACUGGAGGAACAUCAACUGACACAUAUGCCCUCAAAACAAUAGCAAAUACAUGAUCUUUUUUUUUCCCAAAAACUGAAUCACAUGUACAUAGACCUCCACACAAGUUAGAUCCGAUUUGGGUCGAUCCCUGUUGAUUUUGUAAAUAUAAAUAUUGGACUUUGUACCAAAUACACAGGCCACAAAUGUUUUUGAUUGUAUUUGUUCAUAUGCAUCAUUUUUUGUACAACAUUUUUGAAAUGUAAAAUUGUAUAUAAUGACUAUAUCUUGGAUCAAGCUUUAUUUUCCAGACUUUAGAAGUUGUUUUUAGUCUGUUCUGUUUGCUGUUUUUGACUGUUAUGACUGGUCAUUUUUGUUAAAAUCUUGUGAAUUUAGUUCUUAUUUUUGUUAAAAUUGAGACAUUUGAAAUAAUGUUACAACUGAAUAUUGUUCGUUCAAUAACUUCAAGGUUCAAUUUUUUUUUAAUACAUUUCGUUGAAUCCACUGGAAAAGCCACUCGUGUUUUUUGUUUUUACCUUUUGGAGGGGAAAAAAAUAAUGUGGGUUUGUCAUGUUUCAUUUGAUUAAAUAUUAAAAUUCACACUUUACUUUGUCUUUGAA